UCGCCGAUGGUCGCGGCGUCGCUCAUGAUAGCAGCAGCUGAAGGGCACGCACCCACAUGGAUCGAUUUUCCAACUUGUUUGAAGGCUCGCACCGCCUAUGCGAAGAGCGGGUGCGUCAGUUGUGAGCCUCGCCUUGCAGGAACUGGCCGUGUGGUGUGCGCGUCUCCCGACUUUCCUUCCCUGGUAGCGGCGGUGGCGGCGCGUGUGUGUGGUACAAGGCGCGACAAUGUCCCGAUACGUCACGCCGUUCCUCGUUAUCAAUCUGGGCGCCGAAAUGGUCUUCGUCGUCGCGCAACGGCUGCAGGCGCAGGGCGUCGACCACGAGCGUUCCGCACUUGUACUGGACGAAAUCAUUUCCGUCCUCGUGUCGCAGCAGCUAGUCACUGAAAUAGUUAAGCCGCAGGCGGCUUACACGCAUCAGGCGCUCAAGGACCUCAUCGAGGAUGUGACGCAGUCGUCCAUGAUGCGACUGGACGCUAAAUCGAUGGAUAAACUCUGGGACCUUAUCACAAUGGUCUUCAAAUGGCAGAUCACGCUCAGUGAGGACCUGCUCAAGCUCACGCAGCGCCAUUUAUACGAAAUCGAGAACUACGUUACGCAUGAAGCAACGCAGCUGCAACUGCACAAAGUGCAGAAUGUCUUCGAUAACUUCACGAAGAUCCUCAGCUCGAGCGAAAUCACCGAACUACGUGACGCCACGCUCAAUUGGCUCAAAGAUUUCCAUGUACGGGUCUCGCUUCUGCUUAGAAUCGGCUUGCAGGACAAUGAAGGACGUUUUGUCGUUGACAAUCUUGAUCCGUUCGCGGAGGAUAUGCUGCGCAACCUAGGCGAGAACAUCUACAGCGUCACACAGAACGGUAAACUGCUACGCGACGAUGAAAACGAACGAGAUAUGGACGAGGAAGAGCCCAAGGACACAAACCGCAACGAAGCACUGGAACUAGAAAUGCUUGCUGGACAACUGAAAGGCAGCAGCACCGCCGGUAACAUUACCAGCAACGUUCUCAAGUUGUCUAUUAACUAUAAAGACAACCGAAGCGCUAAUCAUUUCGAUAGUAUUGCAACACGCACGGACAAUUCAGUUGGCGAUAACAAUAAUGGCAGCGCUGGCAGGCUGGAGGACAUGUUCGAAGACCUGCAGCUUACAGGCGCCCCAAAUGACAAUGACAACGACAACUUCAACGAAGACUUGAUCAAUAUGAUCGAGAACAGCGCGAAUUAACUUCACUCAAUCAAAACAAUCACGUACUGAUCUGUCUCGCGUUAAUAAUUAUAAUAAUAAUAAGCUUCAAGAGGCCUAUUUCUAUAUACUGUAUAUGUAAAUUAUGUAUGUAUUCAUAUCGCUAGGGUAAGUUGUUGUUGCUGUUGAUGAAAAAUAAUAAAGGUUCCUACACUGCAA